CAACCAUAUAAAUAUAGAGAUGCCACCAUUAAUAUUGCUCAAUAUCUUCAAAACAAAAGUGUAGCUCAAUAUAUACUAUUGUUGGCCACAAUACUAUAACACACUACUUUCUCUUCCUUUUCAGUAUUACUACUCAAUUAUUAUAACCAUGGAAAAUCUCCAAAAUUACAUUAUACUUUUCAUGGUUUGGUUAGUGUCCACCAUUGUGGUCCGAGCCAUAUUCUCCAAAAGCCGAGCCAAGGGUCGACUUCCACCUAGCCCAUCUGCUCUCCCAAUCAUAGGACACCUUCACCACAUUGGUCCAUUACCACACCAAUCUCUCCACAAACUCUCAAACCAAUAUGGACCCUUAAUGCAUCUCUAUCUUGGCUCUGUCCCAACCGUGGUUGCUUCCUCACCAGAAAUGGCCAAAGAGUUUUUCAAAACUCAUGAAUCCGCCUUCUCGAGUCGCCCUCCCCCGAGCAUCCUAAACACCCUUUCUUACCCUUCCCCUGACUUGACCUUUGCCCCAUACGGUCCUUACUGGAAAUUCUUGAAGAAAGUGUGCAUGUCUCAACUUCUUGGUGGCAAAACACUUAAUCUUCUUCUUCCAGUUAGGACUGAUGAGAGAAAGAGAUUCUUAACUUCGAUUCUUAAGAAAGCUGAGGCAAAUGAAUGUGUUGAUGUUGGGAAAGAGCUGAAAAGGCUUACCAAUAAUAUCAUAUCGAGAAUGAUUAUGAGCAAAAGAUGUGCUCAUAAUGAAAAUGAAGCUGAUGAGAUCACUGAUGUGGUGAAUGGCUCAGCUGAAAUUGUUGGAACUUUUAAUGUUUCUGAUUUCAUUUGGUUUUGCAAGAACUUGGAUUUGCAGGGUCUUAAGAAAAAGAGUAAGGUUAUUCAUGACAAGUUUGAUAACAUGGUUGAGAAAAUCAUCAAAGAACAUAGAGCAGAGAGGAAUAUUAAUGGAGAUAAUGAUGAUGUUCAUGUUCCAAGGGACUUCCUUGAUAUUUUGCUUCAAAUUUCUGAUGAAGGAUUAACCAAAGAAAACAUUAAAUCAUUCUUCAUGGAUGUAUUUGUAGCUGGGACAAACACGUCUUCCAUCACCUUAGAAUGGGCCCUAGCUGAGCUAAUAAACCACCCAAAUGUAAUGAAGAAAGCAAUGGAUGAAGUUGAUUCUGUAGUUGGAAAAACAAGACUAGUAGAAGAAUCAGAUGUGGUCAACUUUCCUUAUAUUCAAGCUAUAGUGAAAGAGACACUAAGACUUCACCCACCUGGCCCAAUAUUAAGCAGAGUAGCCUCUGAAACAUGUGCUAAUAAUGGCUAUGAGAUUAAGGAGAAUACAAGAUUGUUGAUCAAUGUUUGGGCCAUCAGCAGAGACCCAAAUCACUGGGAAAGCCCACUUGAGUUUAAGCCAGAGAGAUUCUAUAAUGAGCAAGGAAGUGAAAAUUUCAAGCAAGUUGAUGUUAGAGGACAACAUUUCCAACUUUUGCCAUUUGGGAGUGGAAGAAGAGUGUGCCCUGGUACCACUCUUGGGUUACAAGUUGUUCAUACAAGUCUUGCUUCAAUGCUCCAAUGCUUUGAGUGGAAUGUGGAAAAUGGAAGUGUUAAUAUGGAUGAAGGACCUGGCUUGACCCUCCCAAGGGCUCAUUCCUUGGUUUGUGUCCCCAAGGCUAGGCUUACUCCCUUGCCCUUGUGAAUUUGGUGUAGUGUAAUCUAUAAACCAUACUUAAUUAUUGAUUAUAUAUAAUUUAUAAAGUCCUUAAUUAGUACAGUAAGAUUGAUUGAGGUAAGGGAAUUAGGGAACUAUUCUAUAUUUCUUAUGAAAUAAUGUACAAUUUUAGUGAGUUUAUUAUGAUCGCUUAACAUUUAUAAGUCUUGUCAGUCGGCCAUAUAUGGUCAAAUUUACUGUACUCAGCUUUUUUAUUGCGAAUAGUAUUCAUAAUUAUGAGUGUGUGCUAUAGUUUUAUGUUCAUUGUUUUGCACUAAA